CCGUUGUUAGUCUAGACUCGUCCGCCAGAGUGAUCGCAAGUGAAAACGCAGUUUUCCCAAGACGGGUCCGGUCCCUUAGCCUCGACGACUUGGGGUUUUUUAGUGGAGAGCUGUUAGUCUAGAGUUUUUGGUCGUUUUUUUCUGAAGGAGGAAAAGUCAUACAUUUGCGUGAGAUUCUGCGAGAAAGAUUUGUCAAGUUGUGCGGUUUUUCGGUGCACACGGGAGAUUUUCCUCGAUUUCUGAGUUGUUCUCGAGGUACUCGGCUUUUCGCGAGUUUGCAGAGGACUGCUCAUCGGUGCCUUCUUCAGUCUGUAGUGAACCACGGCGAGUGUGAGAGGUUUUCAGCCCUCGUAGCGAGUUUGAAUUUCCCAGUGCGAGAAGUGUUGAAGUCUUGGCCGAAUUGAGACCGAUCGAUCGUUGAUAAUUUGCCAUCCCGAAGUCCCCGAGGGGAGAGGAAAGGUCCUGACUGCUCGGAAAAGCGGAAGAGUAAGAAGAGCCGCAGUGUGUGCGUAUGCCAAGGUGCGUUUAGAGAACGAAGAAGUGGGUUGUUGCGCGUGUUUGUGAGGAGGAUCGUUCGUCACUGCCUACAUCCCCGAGAAGUGUAACGAACGUGAGCAGAGUCUUGUGGCCCAACGCCUAUCUAGACUGUAGUGCUCCUCCCCGAUUGUUCUACAGCAUCUGCCACCUACUCUCGGUCGCGGCGAAGAAAAACAGAAGAACCGGGAGGGUUACGAUGGAAACCGACGACCAAUUUCGUCAUUAUAUAAGUUUUUAUGACACGGUACUCAAAUUUUGAAUGACAAAAAGUGUGCUCAAUUGCGAUCGUCGUCCCGUCGACCCGGAGAAUCUAGUGCACUACACUAUAGUACUGACGAGUCUUUUGGUUCAACCGGGGGAGGAAAAACACUAACCAGAUGUGUGAAAAUGUGACCGAUUGGACGGGCUAGAGUCAAGUUUGUGCAAAAGUGAAUGCCGUACCGUACCAAACAUCACCGAAAUAAAUUUAGUCAAUUUGUAGAAAGUGGCUUCAAAGUGUUCUAAGAAGUGUGUUCACCUCUCUCGACCGCGGCAGCGAGACACACCGUAUUUUGUCGGCGAGACGGCGAGAGAGUGAAGAAGCAUCGAAGGUGAAGCGACGAAGUCGAAUCAAGGAAAAGUCAACUCGGAAAGUAACCGUGAAAUGAGUCAGUGAGCGCGAGUGAAUGCGAAACAGUUUUCCACCAGCAGCAGCCCCAAGAAGAGGGUACACAAAUUAUAAAUCUUGCUGCUGUUGCUGCUGCUGCUGCUCUAGAGUUGAAUAAUCGGCACAGUAGUGUCGUCGGACAGACACACAGCCCGGGGUGCGGCGAGGUGGAGAGAGAUCAUCAUCUCCGCCGUCGUCAUCAUUAACAACGUCGACGACGACGACGACGGACGCGGAACGGGCACACGGGAGACACAUAUCGCGAACGAUCAGACACAUUUCAUGAGGUCUAGAAGAGUUGCAUGCUGGCUGCUCCCUGCCAGAAUCUAGAGCGAUAGCGCGCGGUGUGGAUUCACCAGGGCUGGUGGGUGUGCGAGAUUGAAACCGACCGGCUGACGGCGAUGGUGGGGAUACCCCCGUCGUCAUCGUCAUAGAGCAGAAGUCGUUAGAAUCGUUGCGUGUCCGCGAGGUGGAAGCAGAAACAGAAAACGAAGAAGAACAAGAAGAAGCAAGAAGAUCAAGAGGAAGAGUGAGAAGAUUGGGGUGCGUUAAGUUUGGAAAGGUGAACGCGAGCGAGGCUGCAGCGGCGGAAAAACUGACAACGUGUGGAAAACUGCCAGCUCUUAACUGUGAAGCAGAAUUAUGUGCAGCGCUGCUACUCUGGAGACUGAUGAGCGACGGUGAAUGGAUGAUUCAUCGCGACUGGCGAAUAGACUGAAAAUUUCCUGAGCAUCGAUGAUCCAGUGUUUACCCAAUUGUUAGGAUUUCGUUACUAAAUCUAAGUUGAAUGUUGUAUGAAAUGUGAGUUAAUCGAAAAGUUCUAAUUAAGUGAAGCGCGAGUUUAAAAUAAGUGCCCAUAUUCAGUGUGAGUGUUUGAUCGUGUAGCACGAGUGGCCCGUGCCAGAAGAAACCAUGAAGAAAAGAGUGGACAUGCGACACUGUAGGUCAACGAAGAAGUUUAAAUUAAUAUUGAAAACCCACGCUAACCGUUAUCGAGAGGCACCUUAGAAAGGGGAAAAUACACCGCGUAGGACCUCUCCCUUCGAUCAAGAGAGUAGCAAGUCUCUAACCCUCGGCUGCCUCGGAGCCUUCGACGCGAAGGAGUUUGGUCAGGUUUUGGCCCUUCCUCAACGAAGCGGUUGGUGCUUAGGACCUAGGCAGCAACCCCAAAGCCCGAACAUCGGACGCGAUGUACUUGCGCAAAUGGAGUCCCAUUAAAUAUCUCAUGUACUUAUGGCUAGCGAUUCUAGUGUGGAUAUUCUGUCGGUGUGAGAGUGCCGCUACGAUGCACCUGGCGCCAGCUUCCUCCUCAUCCUCUUUUCCCCCGUUCUCGUUGUCAUACGCCAGUGGCACUAGUAGCAGUAGUAGAACUAGUAGUAGCAUCAGUAGUGGUAGUAGCAGUGAUAAUUUUAGUGCUAGUAGAAAUAGUAUAUCAGAGCUGUUUGCCAACAGAAAUCGCCAUCGGGUGCCGGCAGCGAGUCCUAGAGGUGAUACUAGUGAAUUAGUGGACUCCACGAGUCCUUACCAAUGGCGGCCAUCCACACCGGAAUCAACCAUCUCAUCACAACGGCCCUUGGCCACCCCACACCUUACCAAAUUAUUCAGCCAAGCUGCCAGUAACGAUAACCGACGGUUAUCCCCACCCACUUCCGGGGUAACUCCGUCCAGCUAUCAUCAUCCAAUCAACUACGCUAAUCGUAUGCUUCAACAAAAUGCCAAUAGCCUUCCGUUAGAACAACCGCAGCAGCAACUGCCGAAUCUGCCAGCUAGCCUAAGUCAAUUUCCUUCGAACCAUGAUAGUCUCCAGGUUAAGACCAACUACGUCAGCAGUAGUAGUAUUAGUAAUACGAGUAUUAGUGCCGAAAGCGCCAUCCUAGCCGAGAAACGAUUACAGCAGCAGUGGAAGUUGCGAAUGAACCAAAAGCGAGCACGUCGACUAGCUCAUCGAAGGCAUCUAACCGAGCAGUCUGAUGCGUCGACAACCAAUCGCAACCGACGGGACUCGGCUCGUGUUCCUCUGCCGGGAGGCUCCCAACAACCUCCUCCUCGGCGAGGACCAGCAGCCGGCCAGGGAGGUCCCGGUGGUCAACCUCGGCGCUACUGCUCGGCGCGGGACCCAGCCACCCUGGCCUUCGACGCCCCCGUAGUCUUCGAGGGCAAGGUCAAAUCCAUGAGCAGCGAUCGGCGGGCCAAUUUUUCCGUGACGUUCGAAAUCGUGCGGGUGCACAAGAAGCACACCAAGUAUCCGCUGGAGAUGUUCCAGCAAGUGCGGCUUCAGUUUUCGUUCCGCAACUGGAGCGAGUGCGACAUCUACCGGGAAACGUACCGCGAGCGGGGAAUCGUGCGCGAAGAACUCGAACAGGGCAAAGUGUACUUUCUGUUUGUGAAGCAGAUCGAUCUCAGCAACUUUACCAUCCUCGGGCAGCCGAUCCGCAAGACCAGACGCACCGCCAACGGGGUGAUGGAGGGGGUUAAGGACACAUAUGGUAAACCACCAAAAAUCUAUUCCAUGACGUCGAAUGUGACGCGGCAGGAGGGGAAACGGGUGCGUCUGGUCUGUAAAGUGCAAGGGGAGCCGCCACCCAAAGUCACGUGGUUCAAGGACAAGCGUUCCAUCAAUCGGAACGUGACGAAAUACGCUCAAGUCCAUCUCAAAAAACGAUCCGAGCUCAUCAUUCAUUCGGUGAUUCCCAGUGAUGCUGGAGAGUACGAAUGCCGAGCUAAAAAUAAGUACGCCAAGAUUUCCAACUCGACGCACGUUCGAGUAACGGCCAAACAUUCGAGCACCAAGCAGCCAAAAACGACACAUUCAACGGAACCUCCGUACAAUCCGCGGCCCUGUCGGGGGCCGGGCGCAGAGCACUUCUGUCUGAACCGGGGCACCUGCAUACACUUCGAGGAUCUCCAAGAGUGGGCAUAUGUCCCAAGGGCUUCUCGGGCAACAAGUGCGAGAACAAGGUGAUUGACUACCACCCAACGACAUCCAGCAAGCAUCAGGACUGCUCGUACGGUUAUGGAUAUGGAGGUUACUAUUGCUAAAACAGGCUUUAUAACACCAAUUGUUGAAUUAACAUAUUAGACACGAUCAGAAGCAAACGAUUUCCCUAUGGACCCUCCUUUCCCCCGAGUUCCCAACCUUUCCACAGUGAAAUGUCCUGACCCUGUCCUAGUUCCUGAUCCCUUGACCCCAACAUCCAACAAGAUUACGAAUUUAGUUGUUUUUUUACAAAUGGAUCAAAUUCACCGGGCGGCCCAGAAAGGAGACGACAAGUAUUUUUUGUUUUAGUCAACGGAGUGUGUGAGAUCAUCGAAGGAAGUGGAAACCCGUGGCGAUUUAGAGUUAGAGCCGGUGCAAUCAUUCACGUGAAUGUCGUUUUCGUUUUAGGUUUUUUUUAUGAUCGAUUAAUAACCCAAUGCCAAAAAUUAGCCUAAGUCAAGACCUUGUUUGAACGAUUGUGCUAGGAAGAAAGGUAUCUAAUAGCAUCUUUGUUCAACUUGUAAAUAACGGAGAACGAGUCAUGUUUUCUUUGUAUAUUAUUUGAGAAAGAUUCUUUUCUUUAUAUAAUUAUGAAUUUAUAGUACAAAUUUGUGUAUAUUGUGUAUAAAAACAACUAUUUAUUACUGAAUAAUGCUAUAAAAAUUACUCUACCGUAAGCCAAAUAUUUAUAGCUCGAAGAAACAUUCCAAAUCAUGGAUAAAUCAAUUCAGCUAACAGGAUACAAAAUGAUUUGAUGAUCAAACCGUUCGACCAAACAACCGAUACUCAUUCUUUACCCCCCUAAUACUAGGUUUAGUGUACCGAAGAACCCCUAGCGAAAUUUAUACUGUUUAGUUCAAGCCAGAUGAAAAUUCCCGAAUCUCACAUGAAGCUCUUCCCCAGAAUAGGAAUAUUUUACUUUAACAAUUGGUGUUAUAUGUUUCGCCCAACCGUUUAUGCUCUCUACAACACACUUCAAACAGAGGCGUUCCUAAAACACAAGAACCGAUUAACAAAACCACAAACGAACGACUAUCCCCAAAUCCUGUCCCUUCGUGAUCCCUACCCUUCAAACGAACCUCCUUCCGAUUUAUUCCAAUCUAGCGAUAUAGAGAAGCCUACAGCGCCACGCUUGCCCUCACCAUAUGGCAAAUCUAUUUGUACUUUUUUAGCGGUUUUUCCUCUGAAACGACUGUAGCGCCUCCUCCCAUGUGGGACAAAAUUCACGCGCGAAAAAAGUGCAAAUAUCCCGUACGUUCUUUGACAACAAGACCUCCAUAACUGCAAUCCCCGGGUGUGGUGUUUGGUACAAAUGGUGCAGCUUGCUCUACCCCGCUAAACCCAAGGCAACCCGCCGCGCGCACACGAAAUAUGCACUAAAUCACUUCGAUCCGCGAUAAUCAACCAGAGGUAGGAAACCAAUGCACGAAUUGCGCGCGUUUUAACAUUGCCCACAGGUGACGGUGGAUUUUCUUUCUCUUCGAUCUGAUUAUUGCGCAUUUCUCACUUCGCUGGAUUGUGUCCGCAAGUCAUUGUACUGCAGUUUUGCGUAUUUAUGCAAAGGCUUAUGUUGAAUACGUGCACAGAGUUCACCAGCCCGAUUUGAUGCAAAAUCACAAUUUCAUACUCCAAACUUACACUAACUACGGAAGCAGUCCAGUGUGGUAAGAAUUGUGUAAUAUCAAACCUCAACUCAAAUUAGGUGAUGGCAAUUGAUCACGUUCAAGGCAAAACCCCUCACCCUAACUUACAAUCUUUACAUUCUUCACAAUUAAAAACUCAGAACUCCCCCAACACAACGACGGAAUCUCUUAAAAACGGUUCGUAUUAUUGUUACCACUUAUAUUUGUUAGAAAAAUAAUAAAAAGAUAGGAAUCAAAAAUAAUAAAAAAAAAUCUCGUAAAACCCAUGCCCAUAUUAGAUUCCGCGAGGAAGCAAAAAAGUAAGGCAACAUGAAUAAAAAACAACAUUGAAAGCCAAAAUCGUUGUAAAAUUUUGUACAUAUGCUAAAUAUAACAGUGACCUAUUAGGUGGUUGAAAAUUGUAAGUAUUACUUCGAACCGCUGCUGCUGCCACUGCAUUGAUUCGAUGUUUAAGUCAAAAUCCCGUCAGCUACGACUGGCCCAAAUUGCGGAACAAUGUCAACAGUAAAAUUAAUCGCGGUAAUAUUUUCUUUCCGAAAAUUGUAUAGACUAUCUCUGUAGAACGAAUUUUGUUAUUUGCAGCGUAAACAGCAAGAACUAAUUUAUUUCAAUGUGUUGAACAUCGAUGGAGUUAAGUGUAGGUAAACUAGAAAUGAAAUGUAUAAUAAACAAGAAAAUAUCAUCAUCGCAAAAAAGUGCCAACAACAUCGAACAACGCAUACCUAUAGUCGUUGUUGGCGGUCACCGUUGAUGGUAAAUGCUAAUGAAACUCAGUUGCCUUGAAGAUGAAUAAAAUGCAAAUAAGUAUGAAAACAAUA